AUGCUGCACAAGAUAAUUAAUUUGACAGUGAGGGAUGUGCGUUUUCCGACGUCUUUGAAGCAGCACGGCUCCGACGCCAUGCACACAGACCCGGAUUAUUCAGCCGCAUAUGUGGUUCUGGACACGGACAGCGGACUGAGAGGGUUUGGCCUCACGUUCACUUUGGGGAAAGGAACAGAAAUCGUGGUGUGCGCCAUCCAAGCCCUGGAAGGACUGGUUGUUGGGAAAUCUUUGCAGGCGAUUGUGAACAACUUUCGAGGAUUUUACCGCCUGCUUACCAGUGAUGGCCAGAUGAGAUGGUUGGGUCCAGAGAAAGGUGUGAUCCACCUGGCUACUGCUGCAGUGUUGAAUGCCGUGUGGGACCUGUGGGCUCGGGCGGAGAGCAAGCCGCUGUGGAAGCUGCUUGUCGACAUGGAUCCAAAGCUGAUUGUGUCAUGCAUUGACUUCAGAUACAUCACUGAUGUCCUCACAGAGGAGGAAGCUCUGGAUAUACUUGUGAAAGCACAAGAAGACAAACAGCAGAGAGAGGAUCGGAUGUUGAAGGAGGGUUAUCCUGCAUACACCACUUCUUGUGCUUGGCUUGGAUACUCAGACCAGCAGCUCAAAGAGCUUUGUACAGAUGCACUUCAGGACGGCUGGACAAAGUUCAAGGUGAAAGUUGGUGCUGACCUAGAUGAUGAUAUGCGCAGAUGUCGUCUCAUUAGACAAAUGAUUGGACCCAGUAACAUCUUGAUGAUCGAUGCCAACCAGCGGUGGGAUGUAGGUGAGGCCAUCAGCUGGGUGUCCAGACUGGCUGAGGUCAAACCUCUUUGGAUUGAGGAGCCCACGUCUCCAGACGACAUUUUGGGUCACGCUGCAAUUUCGAAGGCUUUGGCUCCACUCGGGAUCGGAGUGGCUACAGGGGAGCAGUGUCACAACAGGGUGAUGUUCAAGCAGCUCCUCCAGGCUUCAGCUCUUCAGUUUGUUCAGAUCGACAGCUGUCGGCUCGGGAGCGUCAACGAGAACCUGGCUGUGCUGCUGAUGGCUCACAAGUUCAAAGUUCCCGUGUGUCCUCAUGCCGGAGGAGUGGGUCUGUGUGAGCUCGUCCAGCAUCUCGUUCUGUUCGACUACAUCUGCGUGUCGGCCAGUCUCAGCAACCGAAUGUGUGAGUAUGUGGACCAUCUCCAUGAGCACUUCACCAGUCCUGUGGUGAUACAAAACGCCUGCUACAUGCCUCCGAAGGAUCCCGGUUAUUCUUGCGAGAUGCUAGAGUCAUCAGUGAAGAAACAUCAAUACCCUGAAGGAGACGUUUGGAAAGUGUCGGUUUCAGAAGAGACCUGUUGA